AUGGCGGACGGCGUCAACUUGACAAAGUCGCGCGCGCAAUGGGAAGCGGCGCUCAACGGCGCGAUCGGCACGUUCCGCGCCUUGGUCUCGGAGUCAUCGUCCAAGGCGUGGAAGCCGGUCCCGCACAGCGCAUCGGCCGCGCCCAACGCAUCUGUGACUGCCUCGACCCCGGCAUCCAACGCCGGCUCCCUCCGCGGCUCUCCCGCCAUCGGUACCUCGUCGUCGUCAGCAGCGUUCAAGGGAAAGGCAAGGGAGCCGACGCUGCGACCCGCCCUGUCCCAUACCGACCUCGCCGGCCGCAACCAGAACGGCAGCGCCGGCGCCAGUGCUGCGGACGAUGCCGGCGCUGCUUCCAACGGCACAGAUCCGCAGCCGUCUUCUGGGCCCUUUGUCCUGAAAGCGCUCCGGUCGGAUCGCGUCGUCGUCCAUCGACGGAGCGCAAAGGGCGCCGACAUGUACCGCGCCGUGGCAGAGGUGCCAUACGACGGACAGGCGGAUCUCAUCGCUUUCCAGUCCAUCCUGCAGACGCCAGACGCGCGAUCAAUAUGGGAUCGGCUGGUCGACGGCGGUGAGCUGAUCGAGCAGCUCGACCCAAGCACCCGAGUGUGCAAGACAAACUACCGCCUGGGCUGGCCUGCGAGCCCGCGCGAUGCCAUCACCAUAUCCCGCACGCUGGCCGACGACUCGGUGCUGAUCGACGUGUCGACUUCGCUGCCGCGCUCGCCCGACGCCCCCGCGUAUCUCCGACCCGCGCCGCCCUGCGUGCGCUCCCACGUCCACCUGAUGGCGUGGUGCAUACAGGCGAUGCCAGCCGAGACCUCGGCCACCGGUGCGAGAGGCUCGGCGUCGAGGAUCAAGAUCACGGUCUUCUGGUCUUGGGACCUCAAGGGCGCGUGGCUGGGCAUGCCGUCGGGCGGCCUCGGCGUUCAGCUGCCGGAUCUGAUCAAGGGCCUCGUCCGCCAGGUCCGAGAGGGCAGCGGCCACGUCCCCGCCGUGCUCAACUUUGGCAGCUGCGUCGAGGUGCUCUCGAACUCGUUUGACCCGUCGCGCGACACCCGCCACACCGAGUAUGCCAUCGUCAUCGAGGACGAGGCGGCGCGGCUCGCCGAGGAUCGCGCCGAAAAGGACCUCGACACCCUCAACCGCAUCCGCGCACGGCGACGUCUCGAGGCUGGGAUCGAGUACUCGCUGCCGGCGACGCAGGGAUGGGACGUCCAGGUGUCGGUGCGGUCGCAGACGCGCUCCAGCCAGAGCGCCGCGUGGCACGCCGUCGCCGAGCGGCCUGCCGGCUCGCAGCGGAUCCUGCUUACCAUCAGGCACGCCAAGCUCGAGGACCCCGAUGAGAUUGUCAAGGCGACGGUCCGGGUGCAGCGGGUGGCCGCCAGCACGGGCCUCCGCCUCAACGACUCGCCGUUCGACAUUGUCGAGAGCGAGCCGCGCACCGCCACCGCCCUGUCGGCCCGCAUCGUCGAGGACACGGCCAGCGUCUCCAACAUCUCGAUCGGCACCGCCUCGACCGGCGGCAGCUCGUCGGCCCAGGCGCUCGGCGCCAUGGCCAAUGCAUCGCGCGGCGGCACGCCCAACCCGGCCGGCUCGCUCGGUGCCAUCAAUGCCCUUGUGCGCCGCAACUACAUCUACUUCACCAGCCUGCUUCAGGAGCCCGAGGCCAAGUGGAAGCCGGUCGCCGACACCAAGGGGGUCACUGUGAUGCAGCUCGACUCGAUCGACCUCACGCUGGUCGUCUACCGCGCCGAGGCCACGUUUGUCGGCGUGAGCGUGUGGGACCUCUUCAGCACCAUCAGCAAUCCGGGCGCUCAGGCGUUCUGGGACAAGGGCCUGGACGAUGCCACGCUGCUCUCCGACGUCAGCGACCUGAGCUCGCUCUGGCACCUCAAGACCAAGCCCGCCUGGCCAGUCAGCGCGCGCGACUCAGUCACGGUGCAGACGGCCUACAAGUCGCCCGCCUCGGUCCACAUCUUUUCCUUUUCCACAGACGACCGGAACCACUUCCCCGCCAUCCCAGAGCCCGAGUCUGGUACGAUCCGGACCCAGAUCGACCUGCGCGGCUGGUCGGUCGAGGCUCUCUCGCCGACCACGGUCCACGUCACGAUGCUCGAGCAGUCGGACCCAAAGGGCUGGACGAGCAAGUCGUCGACGCCAUCGGCCAUGAUCAACGCGGUUGCCGGCGUCGGAGAGUAUGCCAUCAAAUUUGGUGGCCCGCCCGUUGCCACGCGGCUGCUGGGCGCCCAGGCGAGGACGUCCAAGUACGACCACGACAAGGCCACCUUCCGGUUCGAGUACGAGGCCGUCGACCUCGGCGAUGAUGCCGCCGAGGCGCCCAACGUCGAGUGUGAGAUCCGCUGCGACGUCGAGGUGUGGGCCUCGAGCCUCGAUCUCGUCGUCGACCCGCCGCCGAUCUCGGUCUCGUGUCUGCGCAGGCACAGGCUGUCGCAAGGCGGCGGAGGGCUGUGGCUGACCAUCGAGCACGUCGCCGCCUCGCUCGAGGACGACCUCGCGCGCAUCACGGUGCGCAAGGGCGCGUCGCGCGAAAAGGGCUCAGUCUACGUCAACGGCGCGCAGAUGCGGGUCGACCUCGACGAGAUCAAGGGCGACGAGGUCAAGCAGCUCAGCAAACAGAAGCGGACCAAGCCCCAGCGCGUGCCGCUCGAUCUCGAAGCGGCGCCGCGCAAGCCGACAUCCGGCUCGACCAGGAACAAGGCCCAGGACGAGUCGGCCUCGUCAGCCGUCGCCGGAAGCGCCAGCAGCGAGAUCUCGGAUCUGGAUGGCGCAGCGACGCGCGACGAAGUCCUGGCCGGCACCACACCGGGUCGUGUCCACCGCGGCGGCAAUCGCGACGACGAGACGCCGAUGCCCACCACCAACACCUUUUUCUCAGACGAGCGGCCGCGCCAGCCGAUGACGUGCGCACUGGAUGUUCUCUUCCUCCUGCGCCGCAUCCAUGCAGAGCGGAGCCCCGACCCCGCCGGCAAUCCGGCGGGCUGGGCGCUCGUCUCGGAACGCAACGGCCUCUACGUGCGUCGGAAGCUGAUGGAGUCCAUCUCGAGCACCGUCGUCGUCCAGCGCGGCGACAAGGUGGUGCAGGGCCUGUCGGCCGAGGACCUCGUCGACGUCGUCUCGAGCCUUGGAUGCCGCUCGCAGUGGGACGACAAGGUGGACACCACCACGCUGCUCGAAUGCUACGGCAACGGCGCCACGACCUCGUUCGUCACCACAAAGGCGAGUUUCCCCUUCCGCGGCCGCGCCUUCCACCUGGCCAGCCUGACGGCUCGGGCGGCGCCGCCCGCUUUCCUCACAGCGUCGGGCGCCGGUCCCGAUGGCAGCUCGAUCCUGCCGCCGUCGUUGGCCUUGACGCCUUCGUCGCCGUCGUCUGCGUCGUCGCAUUCCUCGGCAGCAAUGUCGGGCCCCUCCGUCUACUUCCACGCAUCGGCCUCGUUCCCCGAGCAGACGUCGCGCUACCCGCAGGAAAAGGUCAACCCGCUCGGCCUGCCGAUGGGCAAGGUGUUGAUCGACGGCUGGAUCCUCGAGACGCUGGAUCCCUACAGCUCGACCACAUUCCAGAUUCCCUCGACGCGCUGCACGCACGUCGUCGCGGUCGACUAUGCCGGCUCGCUGCCCGCCGCGGUCAACACAUUGUGGAACUCGAACCUCCCGCGUUCGAUUCUGUCCAUCGAGGCCUUCCUCAAGGCGCGCGGUGCUCUGCCCUCGGUCAAGACCCCGCCAAGCUGCAUCCAGGUCCUCGGCGACGGCCGCGACGAGGACCAGGGCCUGAUUUGGGUCCUCGACGAUCCUGAGCGCAAGCAUCUUCUCCUGUCCACGGCAUUUGACCCGCCCACCCGAACAUUUGCCACCGUUAGCCUGACGAAGCCAGCUCGCUCGAGCUUGCCACCGCUUCCGCCAUCGCCGGAGCCGGCGAGGAUCAAAGCCAAGACGGUCUCUGACGCCUCGACCACCAAGGCGGCCGCAAUCCGCGCAACAGCAUCGACCGCCACGCUGACGCCGUCUUCGGCGCUUUCGGGCCAGCCGACCAGCGAGGGCAUGUCCGGCACGGGCGGUGUCUCCCUCUCGCGCGCCACGUCGAUGAACUCGAUCACCAGCACGGGCGCCAACGCCUCGACGCCGUCCACGCUGCGGGGUCGGCCGUCGGCCAUCCGCGCAGACUCACGGAGGGCCGUCGACAUGCUGCUGAUGGAGGUCGAGGUGGAACUGCGUCACUUCUCCAAGGGCUACGACGUUCAGAUCUUUUCCGAAUUCCUGCCCCGCCCGUCAUCGUUGCAGCCGCCACAGCCGGCGCCGCCGUCAUCGCCAUCGCUUUCCCACCCCAAGGACACGGCUUCCACGGCCGAGGCCAGCUCUGAGGCGCAAGGCAAAGCGACAUCGGAAGGCCGAUCCAGGAGCCCAGAGCGACCUUCGGCAUCGAAAGAGACUCUAUCGCUCUCAAUGGCAUCGGAGCCGAAGCAGGACCUGCCGAUCCAGAUCAAGGUGUUCGACCUCCCACCCUCGGCCGUCUUGGCCGCUACGCUGGAUCCCUCGGCUCGCCCUCGCAAGCAUCUCGUCCGUGCGACACUGCCAACCACGGCCUUCCUCGACCCGAUCGAGGACCCGCUGACCGGCUCCAAGCCUCCGGAGGUGCCAGAUUGGUACACGAGGCUGCAGGAUAGCGGCGCGGUCCUGCGAAUGGUCGUCAGGCCGCUCAAUCCGCUCGCGCCGACGGAUGCACCCGCAUCGUCGUCGCAGGGAGUCGGCGGCGCCGCCUCCUUUUCCACGCCCGUGGGCAAGGUGCCCGUCCGAUGCGCCGGGGCCAAGCUGGACGUCGUCCACGUCAACCUCACCUCGGCCAUGCUGCAGAAGGAGCACGUCGGCGCCGAACCCUUCGCCCAGCUGCGGAGGGCGCUGCCGCCCUCGCCCAUCUCCAGGGCGUUGCGCCACAGCAAGAGGGGCGAAGAAGAGGACGAGGACGGCGACGCCGACAACGACAACGACAACGACGAUGACGGCGACGCUGAAGACAACCUCCGAGACUCGAGGCUGCCCAGGUUGCUCCAAAGUCCGAUUGCGGCGGACCUCGAGCUGCGCAAGCCAGCGCAGAGCGAUACCCCGAUCGGCCUUUCGUCGAAGUCGGGGAGCGGCAGCAGGGCGGAGGCGACGGCGACGGCGAAGGAGGGUGACCCGGACAAGACGACGGGAGCUGCGAAGAGUGGCGAUGCGCUUGGCGCCUCGGCCUCGACGUCGGCAAGCGGAUCCGGGCGACCGGCCAACGCUGAAAGGCCGGACGCCAAGGCACCCACCGCCAAGCCAGAGAGCAGCUCGACCAAUUCGCUCAUCCACAUCCUCAACAGCUACCCACUCUCACGUCUCGGAACGGGCUCGGCGCUCGCAUCCUCGCUCACGUCAGUCUCGAGCGUGACGGCCAAGGGCUCGUCGGUGGCCUCGACGUCCACCUUCCAGACCAAGGCCGGCUCCCUGGCCGGCGGCGACAUCCGACGUUCGCCCACGCCCAACUCUGCCGGCGGCAACGCCGGCGCCGGUACCGGUGCGGGCGCCAAUGCCAAGGACAAGUCGACAGCGGCAUCGGCGACCGGGUCCGGGUCGUCGUCGUCGGCUUCUCCCACAUCGGCCGCCGCAGCCGCCGUGCAGGAGUCGGUCACGGCCGUGGCCCAGGCGGCCGCGCGCAAGCGUUUCAGCACGGGCAGCGUCCUCAUGAUCGCCCUCAUCGCCUUCCUGCUGGGCUCGCUGACCCGGAGCUUCCUCACCCCCGUCGACUACGUCCUCGUGCAGUCGUCGCCGUCGUCGUCGGAGCAGGCUGGCGGCGGCAUCCGCAGGACAGCGGCCGCGCUGCAACAGCAGCAGCAGCAGCAGCCGCAAAAGGUGACGCCGAGGCUGUCGGAUGCCGCCGCUUCCGCAGCCGCUUCUGCCACCGCCAGCAACGCGGCCGACGACAGCAGCAGUGGCAGCGGCCUGUCUGGCGAGGUAGAGCGGUACCUCCGGCUGCUUGGCGGCGGCGGGAGCAGCAGCGGCGCGCCACUGUCGACCCUGGCGCAAGACGACGGCGCACCGCAGCGCCGAUGGCAGGAGAUCCGGCGCCUGCUAGAGCUCAAGAGGAUCUGGGGCCGGUGGACGCUCGUCCUGGCCCUGAUGCGGAGGUAG